AUGGGACUGAAGGAAGACAAGCAUCAGUUUGAAAAACCUCAUCAUUUAAAAAAUGAAGAUGGAAAUGCAGUCAUUUCACAGACUGAACAAAAUUUUACACAAAAACAAGCUGGAAAAACUGGAGCCAAAGGAUCUUUCACAUGCACUCAGUGUGGGAAGAGUUUCAGCCGUACAUCAAACCUUAAGAGACACGUGAGAUUUCACACUGGAGAGAGGCCUUUUACAUGCACUCAGUGUGGGAAGAGUUUUGGUGAGAAAUCAGAGUUUAAUGGACACAUGAGAUCUCACACUGGAGAGAGGCCUUAUAAAUGCACUGAGUGUGGAAAAGGUUUCAGUCAGAAAUCAAACCGUAACAGACACAUGAAAGUUCACCCUGGACUGAAGCCUUAUACAUGCACUCAGUGUGAAAAGGUUUUCUUUGACAAAGAAGAACUAAAUGUGCACAUGAGAAUUCACACUGGAGAACGUCUGUUCACAUGCACUCUGUGUGGAAAGAGUUUCUGUCAGAAAUCAAAGUUUAAGAGACACAUGAGAUAUCAUACUCGAGAGAGGCAUUAUACAUGCACUCAGUGUGGAAAGAGUUUCUUUGUCAAAGGAGAACUUAAUGUGCACAUGAGAAUUCACACUGGAGAAAAACCGUUCACAUGCACUCAGUGUGGGAAGAGUUUCAGCCGUACAUCAAACCUUAAGAGACAUGUGAGAUUUCACACUGGAGAGAGGCCUUUUACAUGCACUCAGUGUGGGAAGAGUUUCUUUGUCAAACAAGAACUUAAUGUGCACAUGAGAAUUCACACUGGAGAAAGACCGUUCACAUGCACUCAGUGUGCAUUCAGUUUUAAAUCUAAAAGUGUCCUGAAAAAACAUCAGCUCUCUCACAUUGGAGUGAGAUCAUUCAGCUGUGAUCAGUGUGAUAAAACAUUUGUUUUCGCGUCAUACUUAAAAGAACAUCUUAAACUUCAUGCUGGUGUAAAGCGUCACUUUUGCACUUUUUGUGGAAAGAGUUUUACACAACCGUACAGUUUACAAGUUCAUCAGAUUAUUCAUACUGGUGUGAGACCUCAUGUGUGCUUUGACUGUGGAAAGACCUUUCUUACAUCUAGUGACUUAAAAAAACACCAGAGGAUUCACACUGGAGAGAAACCAUACAAGUGCUCACACUGUGGAAAGAGUUUCACUGAUUCAUCAACCUUGAAAACCCAUGAGAGAAUUCACACUGGAGAAAAGCCGUACCAGUGCUCUUCAUGUGGGAAGGAUUUCACUCGCUCAUUUACUCUAAUUAAACAUAAGAUAAAGCAUUGCCCAAAGUUGUCUAAGUCACAUUCAGAUCCAUCACUUUAAAAAAAAUUUAAUCCAAGUUUGAAAAUUUGAGAAAUACAAAACAAUAAAAAAAUAAAAAUAAUUUUAAGGGCAUUCUUUUACCUAAAAAUGGCACCAGAUGUUUUUCUAUUUAUAUUUCAAAAGUGAUUCUUCUCAUAUGGACUCUAAAAACACACUGGGAGAAGAUCAAAUUGCUCAGGAAAAGUGAAUCGUCUCUGGCAAUUCAGCAGUGUUUGACAGAUGCUAUCUAGUAGCAGUUAAAAUAGAA